CGCGCGCGCCGGCAGUUGGACUGCGGCGGUUGGCUGUUGGGGGCUUCCGUCCGGGCGUCGCUUCGUGCCGUUCUACCUCGCGCACCAUGUCCGGCCGCGGCAAGACCGGCGGCAAGGCCCGCGCCAAGGCCAAGUCGCGCUCUUCGCGCGCCGGCCUGCAGUUCCCGGUGGGCCGCGUGCACAGGCUGCUGCGGAAGGGCCACUACGCCGAGCGCGUGGGCGCCGGCGCCCCGGUGUACCUGGCGGCCGUGCUCGAGUACCUGACGGCCGAGAUCCUGGAGCUGGCGGGCAACGCGGCGCGCGACAACAAGAAGACGCGCAUCAUCCCCCGCCACCUGCAGCUGGCCAUCCGCAACGACGAGGAGCUCAACAAGCUGCUGGGCGGCGUGACGAUCGCCCAGGGAGGCGUCCUGCCCAACAUCCAGGCCGUGCUGCUGCCCAAGAAGACCAGCGCCACCGUGGGGCCGAAGGCGCCUUCGGGCGGCAAGAAGGCCACGCAGGCCUCGCAGGAGUACUGAGGGGCCCGCGCCGCGGCCGCCCGCCCCGCGCCACCACAAAGGCCCUUUUAAGGGCCACCACCGCUCUCACGGAAAGAGCUGAGCCACGGCCGCUGCCCCUCCCCCGCGCCGCGCACCUGCACGCGCCUCGGGCCGGGCUCGUGACUCAGCCGCCCCACGCUGCGGGGCUGCGGGGCGGCCGCGGCGCCCGCCGGAAGACGGCCUGCGGGGCCGAGCGGGCAGCCCUGAAGGUGAGGCCCUCGGCGGCCGCAGCCCAGGACUGGGACACCCGUCUGCGGCUUCCAGGCCUCGGCGGGAGACGCGCUGCCCCUCUCGUCGUUGGCGGCCGCACAGCCCAGCUCCGUUCGCCCCGGCGGGGCGGGGGACUGCCCGGAGGACUGCCGGGCGGCGGCGGCGCGGCCCGCGCGCUCAGACCAGCCCCGUCCGGACGGCCUCCGGUGGCUUGACUGGGACUUUGCAGCUAACUCGUCGGAGAACCAGGGACUGGGAGUUUCGGAUGGACUCAUUUUGUUUAUUAAAGGAUUUGGUUUUUUAAA